ACCACCUUUGAACCCCCCUUCACUUUGAUUCUUCCUGUCUACCUAGGUUAAAAAAACUCCCCAUCUCUCUCUCUCUCUCUCUCUCUCUAGAGAUCUAGCAGUAAUACAUGCAUACACCAAAAGAACCUCAUGUACUAGUAGCAAAUAUCAAUACAUAAAGCUCUACACUUCUACUACUAGUAUAGUUGGAAGGCUAUAAAUGCCUAGCCAUGAUAUGUGCAUGGUUCUCUACACAACACACCAUCAUCAUCUUCAUCUCCUACCUCCUCUCCUCUCCUCUCCUCUUCUCCACUACCCAACUUUUGCUCCCAACACAUCUUUGUUUCGAUCGACCGAUCGAUCAGCUCUAGCUCAGCCGCAGCAAUGGCCAUGCACCCUCUCGCCCAGGGGCACCCCCAGGCGUGGCCAUGGGGUGUAGCCAUGUACACCAACCUGCACUACCACCACCACUACGAGAGGGAGCACCUGUUCGAGAAGCCGCUGACGCCGAGCGACGUCGGCAAGCUCAACAGGCUGGUGAUCCCCAAGCAGCACGCCGAGAGGUACUUCCCGCUCGGCGGCGGCGACUCCGGUGAGAAGGGCCUCCUCCUCUCCUUCGAGGACGAGUCCGGCAAGCCAUGGCGGUUCCGCUACUCCUACUGGACCAGCAGCCAGAGCUACGUGCUCACCAAGGGCUGGAGCCGCUACGUCAAGGAGAAGCGCCUCGACGCCGGCGACGUCGUCCACUUCGAGCGCGUCCGCGGCCUCGGCGCCGCCGACCGCCUCUUCAUCGGCUGCAGGCGCCGCGGCGAGAGCGCGCCCGCGCCGCCGCCCGCCGUUCGCGUCACGCCGCAGCCGCCUGCCCUCAACGGCGGCGAGCAGCAGCCGUGGAGCCCAAUGUGUUACAGCACGUCGGGCUCGUCCUACGACCCUACCAGCCCUGCCAAUUCAUAUGCCUACCAUCGCUCCGUAGACCAAGAUCACAGCGACAUACUACACGCAGGAGAGUCGCAGAGAGAAGCAGACGCCAAGAGCAGCAGCGCGGCGUCGGCGCCGCCGCCGUCGAGGCGGCUCAGGCUGUUCGGCGUUAACCUCGACUGCGGCCCGGAGCCGGAGGCGGAUCAGGCGACGGCAAUGUACGGCUACAUGCACCACCAGAGCCCCUACGCCGCAGUGUCUACAGUGCCAAAUUACUGGGGCAGCUAGUUGAUGAGAUGAUGAGGAGAUCUGAGGCCUUUGCUUGCAGAAUCCUAACCACCAACAGUGAAACUAGUUACUACUACCACCAGCCUACUACUACUACACUCUGAACCAAGUGACAGGUUCGAUUGAAUUGACCUGUUGGAAGGGAAAAAAGAAGAAGGAAGUGGGGAGAGAUCCCUUGUUUCCCGGGCAAUCUUCCUUCCAUGAAUCAUCAGAGUGCCCCUUUUCCUGGGUUUUUUUUACAUUCUUGUCUUCCAGAAACCCUACUUACAGUACGGGGGCCCUUGCAGCAGGUGGGGAGGUUUCAGGAAACAUCAGGUUGAAAAGGAGAGGGAGGAGAGAGAUGGUGACACACCAUGAGAAACAAACAGGAGAGAGAGAGAGAGAGGAAAAAUUGACAUGUUUUGCAAGUAUGUAUGUGUCAUCUGUAGUAUGUGACUGUGAGUGGGUCCAUGAACAAACUGUGAAGUUGAUGUAUCCUUCUCCUGCUGCCUCCCCUGAACCUGAAGAAACAAAGUAAUACCCCAAUGGGGAUUUUGUUCUCUUCCCCUUUUCUUCUACCA